CAAAGAAAAAGAUCAUCUGUGACAGCGAUAUUCGAUAUUCAUAGCAAGAUUUAUUGACCUCUUUACAUCUCUGUAACAGGUGUUGAUGGCUCAGGAGAUGGAUACUCUGGUAUGUGAUGCCCUAAUGGACGUUGGUGCAUUUCCAGAAGUUGCUCCACCACCUCUGAAAGGGAGAACAUGUCUACUGGGGAAAUACUACAAUCUACCACAGGAGUAUCAAAAGUUCCUUUCCGAUGUCAACAGUCGAUUGUGGAUGACAUACCGAAGGAACUUCAGAGCAAUAGGAGGUACCAGUCUGACCUCGGACAGUGGGUGGGGCUGCACGCUGAGGUGUGGACAGAUGCUCGUUGCUCAGGCACUCGUUAUCAAGCAUCUCGGCAGACAGUGGCGAUGGGAGCGUGGGAAGGUGAACCACAGGUACAUGAAGAUCCUGAGGAAGUUCCUUGAUGACAGGGACAGUGAAUACUCCCUCCAGAUGAUCGCACUGCAGGGGGCUGAUUUUGGACGGCCAGCUGGACAAUGGCUCGGACCUAACAACGUGGCACAAGCCAUCAAAAAGCUCUCUGUACAUGAUAAGUGGACCGAGUUAGCAGUACACGUUGCCAUGGAUAUGGUGGUGGUGGUCGAGGACAUCAAAUUGCUCUGUCAGCAACAAUUCACUGUGCCUGGCGAUGUGUCUGUAACCAAGGAGUCAGGUGACCUAUACAGCGAACGAGAUGAUCUGGACAAACGAAUGAGAGCCAAAAGUGAUGUCCCACCCACUCUAAGACACCAGAACUCGUGUCCACAACCAAUUCGGAGAAUCCCUAUAGCCAAUUUACCUAUCAAAACACCCCCAACAGUUGACGUCAGUAGCGAGCAAUCCAUUGGCGUGACUACAGCCGCUAUGUCUAGAAUGACUCGACAGAGAAGCCUUCACGACAAGUUCACAAAGGCACUUGGAAAUAAGAGUCCAGCUGACUUUAGCUUUCUCGACAAGCCUGAAGUUGGAGAGGGCCACGUUUUCUCUUCCCUCCCUAAGAAUCUGAGUCCUAAAGAAGGUAUGGAUGGUGUGACUGGUGUGAGGGAGGAAGUGGGCGUGGCAGGUGUUGGGAGUGUAAACAGUGGAAGCUUUCGGCCGCUCCUACUCUUCAUUCCAUUGAGGCUAGGACAGGAGACAUUCAACAUGGAGUAUGCUACUCCACUAAAGAAAUGUCUCUCGCUGCCCCAGUCCGUGGGGUUCAUUGGUGGAAGACCUAGACACGCCCAGUACUUUAUCGGUUAUCACGAUGACUACCUAUGGUACUUGGACCCGCACACCACCCAGCCCACAGUAGUGCCAUGUGAUCCUCAUGUGAUCCCAGACUCCACCUACCACUGCUCCCGAGCUGACCGCAUGCCCAUGAGUGAGUUGGAUCCCUCCGUGGCGUUGGGGUUCGUGUGUAGGGACGAGGCCGAUAUUGAUGACCUUUGCUCCCGCCUCAAAAAGGAGGUACUUCCUUUGGGAGGGUGCUACAGCAUGUUUGAACUGGCUGAGAAGAGGCCAUCGUACUGGGGUCCCCUGGAGACCGCUUCCUUCCAGAGCCUCAGAGAACCGUUCCUAUUGGUGGACGAGACGGAUGGUAUAUCACCACAGGAGGUGUCACCACAGGAGGAGGACUUUGAUGAUGAGGGGUUUGAGAUCAUCAGCUGGCCUGUCACCAAUGACCACCAAUGACUCCACCCAUUAACUGUGUUGUUUUGUAUGUCUACCAUGCACUGUUGUCUGUGAAUCACGUCUUUGAAUUUUAUAAAACAUUGAAAUGUGAAA